AUGGAACCGACUGAAGGCGCGUUCAGCGCUGGCAGCUCCAGUGUCGGGCGGCCAGAGGCCCGAGCUGCAGCAAGCUUGACAGGAAUGAGUGUGAGAGAGAGUUUGUCCUCCAAAGAGAGACAUCAGAUGCUUCCACCACAAGACAAGGCCGAGAAAAGUAAUUCCACUAUUGUGGGCACCAUAGUGAUGAACAAAGCCCUCCAUGAACCUAUGUACAUUUUCAUUGCAGCUUUGUUAAUCAACUCUGUUCUUUACAGCACUGUUAUCUAUCCAAAGCUUUUGAUUGACUUUUUAUCUGAAAAACAGAUCAUAUCUUAUUCAGCCUGUAUUUUUCAGUGGUUUAUAUAUUACACUCUAGGUAUUUCAGAAUUCUUCCUGUUGUCAGUCAUGUCUUAUGACAGAUAUGUGUCUAUAUGUAAACCUCUGCAAUAUCCAACUAUCAUGACAAAAAAAACAGUUUAUAUGUUCCUGAUUUUAGCUUGGAUUCUACCAGCUUGUCAGAUGUCAGUGGGACCGUUGCUGAUUGCUAAUGAAAAACUCUGUUACUUUAUCUUGAAAGGAAUAACUUGCAACAGCACAGUUCAAAAGCUUCAGUGUGUGACUUCAACAGUGGCGAAUAUAUAUGGCUUGAUUCUUUUUGUAGAAUCUGUACCUCUUCCUGUACUCUUCAUACUUUUUACAUACACCAGGAUACUUAUAAUAAUCUAUCGAAGUAGUAGAGAAGUCAGAAGAAAAGCUGCACAGACCUGUUUACCCCACCUGUUGGUUCUAAUCAACUUUUCCUGUUUGAGUGCAUAUGAUGAGCCUUAG